AUGACUUCCAAGCUGGCUGUUGCCCUCUGGGCAACCUUUCUGCUCUCUGCAGCUGUGUGUGAAGCUACACGUUCAACAGCUAUUAAUGCAGAACUUCGAUGCCAGUGCAAGAAGACUCAUUCCAAAUCCUUCAAUUCCAGAGCUAUCAAAGGACUGACAGUGAUUAAGGGGGGCCCAGACUGUCAGAAUACAGAAAUCAUCAUAAAGCUUGUGAGUGGAAGACAGUUCUGUCUUGAUCCUAAGAAAAAGUGGGUGCAGAGGGUUUUGGAGUUAUUUGUGAAAAGGUAA